AUGGCGGAUAUUUUUGAUCUUAUCGUCAUCGGCGCUGGCUGGUAUGGACUCGCAGCCGCAAAGGCUUAUAUAGAGUUGCACCCCGACGAGAAGAUAUUGAUCACCGAGGCCGGCAGCAGCUUUGGAGGUACUUGGUCCAAAGAGCGCCUCUAUGCCGGCUUAAAGUCCAAUAACCUAAAGGGAUCAUAUGAGCAUCCCGACUUUCCCAUGUCCGAGGAUGUGUAUGGCGUCAAAAGUGGCCAACACAUACCGGCCGAAACAUUGCAUCGCUACCUCUCUGACUUGGCAACGAAGUUCGGAAUUGCUGAACGAACACGUUUCAACAUGACAACAACUCAGAUCGAGUCCAGGCCAGAUGACACUUGGUUUGUAACUAUGGUCUCAAAGCAGGAGCAAGAGGAGGUGCUCCAUUCGAAGAAGUUAAUUGUCGCAACUGGACUGACUUCGCAACCGAAUCUCCCAACAUAUGCAGGCCAAGAGACAUUCACUCCGGCAUUCUUCCACGCCAAAGACUUUUGUGCUCGUGGAGACAUACUACACACCGCAAAGAAGGCGGCUGUAGUCGGUGCUGGGAAAUCGUCCUUCGAUGUCGCGUAUGCCUUUGCCACAUCCGGCGCCAAGGUGGAUUUGAUAAUACGACCAACUGGUCAGGGACCGGUCUGGAUCUGCCCGCCUUAUGUCACUCCUUUCAAGAGAAUGAUGGAGGAGCUCCUGUCAACCCGACUACUGACUUGGUUUAGCCCUGUGCCCUGGGGAGAUGAGGAUGGAUUUGGCGUGGCCCGAUCAUUUCUUCAUAAAACUGGCAUCGGUCGAUUCAUCGUGGAUAAUUUCUGGAACCAGAUUAGCAAUGAGGUCUACGAGGCGCACGGCUAUCAUGACCACCCAGAAUUAUUUAAACUGAAGCCCUGGAACAGUGCUUUCUGGACGGGCAGUGGUGUUGGCAUCCACAACUACCCGACCAACUUCUUCGACCUUGUAAAGCAGGGCCAAAUUCGCGUCCAUAUCGCUGAUAUUAAGCAGCUGGAAGGUAAUUACAUUCAGCUCACCACUGGCGAGAAGCUUGACACGGAUGCGCUCAUCUGUGCGACAGGGUGGAAGAAAGGAUCGGGCCUGAAGUUCGUCAACUUUGAUACUGGCCUUCAAAAAACAGAAGCCCAGACAAGAUCAUUGAUAGACCAGGCGGAUAAGGAGGUCCGCGAUAUGUUCCCCAUCCUUCGUGCGCAACCGGUUCUGAGAACCCCGGCCCCGAGCAAGGAACCACUGCGCAACUACCGAUUCAUCGUUCCUACCCAAUCGUUCUUCAAGCGUAACAUUGCCUUUGCUGGCAUGGUCUCAACAGUAACAACUGCCGUGUUCGCCAACGCUCAGGGAUUGUGGAUAUCCGCGUAUUUGGAUGGAAAGCUGGAGCGGACCCCUAAGAAUCAAGAGGAGGUGAUCAAGAAGGUGAUGCUAGACACCCAAUUUCAAAAGUGGCGAUAUCCUUGUGGAUAUGGUGCCUCAAUUCCCGACUUUGCCUUUGAUUCAAUACCUUACGUCGACCUAUUGCUGAAUGAUUUGGGCAUCAAACCCCAUCGGAAGUCCACACAAAUCACAGAGAUAAUGGAACCAUACAAGCCUCGGGAUUAUAAAGGUCUCACUCAGCAGUGGUUGGAAUCUCAUUCUACGUGA